UCAAAAAUCAAUCUUUAUACACCAAUUCUUUUUACCAUUAUCUUCAACAUGACACAUUACUAUACAAAAUCAACAAAAAACCAGUUUUUUUUUUUUUUUUACCAAUUCUCAAUUAUUAAUCUACCACACCAUCUCCCUCAAACAAACCCUUUUCUCUGUCUUCUGCCAAACACAAGCCAACAAGAAAAAAACAUCAACUUUUGUUCUUCCAACAAACCAUAGUUAGGUUCAGCAACAAAAAAAAAAAAAAAACCAGACAUGGAAGAAACCACUAGUGUUAGUUCUUGUAAUCAUAAUUAUAGUGGAUCACCAAUAACCAACAUACCUCAAGAUUACAUCUUUACUAUUAUCCUUUUUCUUCCUAUAGAUGCAAUCCUUUCUCUAUCCAUGACUUGCAAGAGAUUCAAAGGUGUAACUUCAUCUGACACACUGUGGAAAUCUCUAUGCAAGAGAGACUUAGGUUCAACAUGUGUAGAUUCAUUACUCAAGUCUUGUAACUCCAAUCACCAUGUUCAUCAAUUUUCAUGGAUGAAACUUUACAAACAAGUGUACAAGAUUGAUUCUGUUUGUUGUCAUAAAUUGUCAUACCCUCAUGGAGAUUUGGAUUUCCCUAAAGCUAGAGCUUCUCACUCUCUCAACUUUGUUUCUGAUUGUCUUGUUUUGUUUGGUGGUGGCUCUGAUGGAGGCCGACAUCUUGAUGACACGUGGGUGGCAUACAUUGGUAAUGAUUUCCAGAAAAUAUUGAAAUGGAAGACAGUUCAUUCAGGAAUUCCAAGUGGAAGAUUUGGUCAUACAUGUGUGGAAAUGGGUGAUUUCCUUGUUCUCUUUGGAGGCAUCAAUGAUCAUGGAAACCGUCAAAAUGAUACAUGGAUUGGAAAACUUACACACAAUGAAAACAAAAGCAUUACAUUUUCAUGGAAAAUGCUAGAUAUUGGGAGUAUUGCUCCACCUCCUAGGGGAGCUCAUGCUGCUUGUUGUAUUGAUGGCAAGAGAAUGGUAAUCCAUGGAGGAAUAGGACUUAACGGCCUCCGUUUAGGGGACACAUGGAUAUUAGAGCUGUCAGAUAGUCAUUGUUUCGGUACAUGGAUUGAGAUUGCAAUCCAUCCAUCGCCUCCUCCACGAUCAGGACACACGUUAACUUGCGUUGCAAGAAAUAGGACAAUACUAUUUGGUGGUAGAGGUUUAGGUUAUGAAGUGCUUCAUGAUGUUUGGUUAUUGGAUACUUGUCAAGGUUGCAUGAGAUGGAUUCAAGUACUUUAUGAUUUACAAAAUAUACCAGAUGGUGUUUCACUUCCUAGAGUUGGUCACACUGCUACAAUGGUUUUAGGAGGUAGGUUGUUAAUUUAUGGAGGAGAAGACUCAUCAAGACAUAGGAAAAAUGACUUUUGGAUAUUAGAUAUUAGUUCUAUUCCUUCAACCGGAGCAAGUUCAAAGAUAGUGCUGACAAGAAUGUGGAAACACUGGAAAUCAAACGGAUACGAACCUAAGGCUAGAUCGUUUCAUCGGGCCUGCGUAGAUCCUUCUGGUCGUUAUUUGUACGUGUUUGGUGGAAUGGUGGAUGGUUUAGUUCAGCCUGUUGAACCUUCUGGACUUGGGUUUGAUAAAGAGCUCUUUCAUGUGGAGCUUGUGCUUCAACUCUAAGGAUUAAUCAACAGAUUCAGAUUGUGUAUAAUGCAACUGCAUACAGUCAGAUAUAUCCGGAGUCCGACCCAGAUCCAAAUUAUGAUUGUGCUUUCAGUUUAAAAUACCGAGUUUGAAAUCUAUACCAUCAGAUCUUGAUCGAACGAUUUAAAUGUGACUGUAUUCAACGCAGAUCCCUACUUAAGGAGACCAGUAUGUUAUGUGCAUUAUAGUUUAUCAAUGUAUUUUCAAUCACAUAACCAUUAUGUAGUGUCUUUUACUGCUUGUUACAGUAUUGUUAUUGUAAAUACAGAAAAAAAAAUCUAUUGAUUUACAUGUAUUAACUGCAACUACUUAUUAGAAAGAGAUAUGAAGAUUGUAAAAA